AUGCCUCCGAUUGAUUUCGAGGAAGAAAACGCAGAAAUCUCUGAAGCCGAAGACGUGAUUCCUUACAAAGCGCAGGCAGAGGAGAAUGGAGACGAAGCCAACGGCACCGACGACGAAAGCGAGCAGGGUUCAGAGAUCGAGUAUGCAGAAUACGUUGUCGAGGAAAUUCUAGAUCAUAAAAUCCGUGGGGGCGGCAUUGAGUUUCUGGUGAAGUGGCAGGGCUAUGAAAACGAAGAGGACCAGACUUGGGAACCCGAGGCCAAUCUUGACGGCGCCAAAGAGGUUUUGAACCAAUACUUUGCUAAAAUCGGUGGGCGACCUGGCAAAAAGACCCCAGUGAAACGGGGACGACUUUCUACCUCUGCCACGCCCUCUGCGUCGGGUUCAAGAAAACGCUCGCGAGUGGAGCAGGAGACCGAAACCGAGUCUCCCGCCGUGAGAAGCAGCCGGCGAACUGAGGAGGCGCGAAAUGCAGAGGCACAAAACGAAGAGGAGGAGUGGCGACCGCCUAAUGAAAAAUGGGAAGACGACAUUAUGACGAUAGAUACCAUGGAGCAGGAUGAGACCGGUCUCUAUGUCUAUUUAAAUUGGAACAACGGUCGCAUGACGAAGCACCCCGUGCAGACCGUCUACGCUCGCUGCCCGAUGAAGAUGCUUCACUACUAUGAGCAGCAUAUUUCCUUUACCGACGCGAGCAAGAGAAAUGGUGCAAGUAGAUAG